AUGUACGGUCGAUAUCUGGCUUUUGCUGGGUGGGAAGGGGAUUUUGGCUUCGAAUUCGUGUGCGUAGUAUUUUCCCUCGUUUCCUUUGGCUCAGGAAACCUGAACAUAUCUUCCCAAUCCGACGCCGACGCCCUCAAGGACUGCGAAACCAUCAACGGCCCGCUCACUGUCUCCUCCUCCGCCAGCGGUACCAUCAGCAUCCCCGAAGUCCAAGACGUCAAAGGCCCGUUCACGAUCGAGGGUUCGUCGAAUCUCAAUGGCGUCACCGCUAGCAAUUUGGAAACCGUCAGCGGGCCGCUCACGAUCACCGGUAAUGGGGCGUUGAAUAGUGUUUCGUUGUCGAAUUUGCAGAGCGUCGGGGGCGAGCUGAAGAUUCAGGGGAAUGAGGGGUUGAAGGAGGUGAGGUUGGAUGAUUUGGAGAGGGUUAAUGGGAAUUUGAUCUUGAGUGGGGACUUCGAUCGGAUAUCGCUUGGGAACCUGGAGAAUGUCUACGGCGAAACGAGGAUUCAGAGCUCGGGCUCGUUCCAAUGCUCGAGUCUAGAUAAGCUUGCGUCGGACAAGAGAGCGUUCAAGGGCUCGUUCUCUUGCAGUGAAAAAGGGUCAGGGCUUAGCUCCGGCGCGAAGGCCGGUAUUGCGAUUGGUGUCAUCAUCGGAGUUAUUCUCAUCGUGCUCCUCGUCUGGCUCUGCAUUCGUCGACAAAGGAAACAAAAACGGAAGGAUGCCGUCCUCGCUGGACUCACUGCUGCUGGCGCCGCAGGGGCAGUAGGGAAGGAUGUCGAGAAAGCCGAGAAUAAAGUGCCUGCUGCUGUCUCAAAUAGUUCCCCGUCCAGUCAUGAGCCGCCGAGUCCGCCGUCUGAUACUGAGGUGGUCGUGGCGAGUAGUAUACCCAGAAAACCUCUUUCUCCGCCCCCGCCAGCACCGGUACCUGCAGCGUUGGUGCCAGGCGAUCGGUCUUCGAGGGUUCUUUCCAACUCGGAUGACCCCUCGUUGUUUCUGCGGCCGAUGCCGAGACGGAGGCCGUCCGAGUCGGAGGUCCCCAUGUUGGAUAGCGAGAACGUGCAUGAGGCGCCGGCGCCUGAAGUUGGGAGGCAACAGGAGGGGUUGUUUGAGCUGGAUGCUGGGCCUGUGAGUGGUAAGCAUCAGCAGGCUAUACAUCAUGACUGA